AUGGCUCCCAAAAUCCCAAGAUAUGCCAAGGACCAGCCUGCCGGCUUCGUCAACCGCAUCGAGAAAGUUGCGAUAGUUGGUGCUACGGGUACCAUGGGCAAAUUUGUGACACAAGAACUGCUCAAAGGCGGAAAACACCAGGUGACUGCCAUCACCCGGCAUGAUAGCAGCUCCAAAUUGCCGAAAGGCGUCAUUGCGGCCAAGGUCGACUACGACGAUGAAGACUCCAUCGUCCGAGCUCUUGAAGGGCAGCAGUAUCUCGUCAUUACCAUGAACUCCCGCGCUCCUCAAGAAAUUCAGAUUAAGCUCAUUAGGGCUGCAGCCAAAGCCGGCGUUCCCCACGUGAUGCCCAAUGCAUGGGGUCCGGACCCGCAGAACGAAUCCCUCAUGAGCGAUACCCUGCUCGGCCACGCUUUCCAGGGCGCCGUGAAAGAGAUUGAACAGCUUGGCGUUAGCGACUGGAUUAUCAUGUCACCCGGCUUCUGGUAUGAGUUCAGCUUGGGUCUGUCGCCUGACCAGUACGGCUUCGACAUGAAGAAAAAGUCACUCAUCCUGUUCGAUGAUGGAAAUGUCAAAAUCAACACCUCGACUUUGGCGCAGUGUGGCCGCGGAAUUGCUGCGUUUGUAAGCCUAAAGUGGCUGCCCGAGGACGAGAACGACGAGUCCCCUACGAUACAAAAAUGGGCCAACGACGUUUUCUACAUUUCAAGCUUUUUCGUUUCUCAGCUAGACAUGUUCGACAGCGUGAAGCGAGCCACUGGUACGACAGAUGGUGACUGGAAGAUCUCGUACGAAAACACAAAGGAGCGGUGGGAGGCCGGCCAUGAGGCGUUGAAAAAGGGAGACAGGACUGGGUUUUCAAGACUGAUGUAUACUCGCAUCUUCUACCCCGUGGGUGAUGGUGAUGUCGAGCACAAAUACGGCUUAGCAAACGACAUACUGGGGUUGCCCAAGGAAGACCUUGAUGAAGCAAGUAAAGAGGCUGUAAUCGAUGCGCCCAUCUCGGAAAUCUGGGCCAUCAUUUCGGCUUUCGGCUCCGAGAGGCUCUGGUUUCCCGGCGUAGUCAAGUCCAGCCUGGAAGGAUUCGGCAUCGGAUCAGUGCGCACGCUUACAUUCGACAACGGCUCUGUCGUCCACGAGCGCCUGGAAGUGGCCGACCCCGAAACCCAUACCGUCAGGUACCUGAUCCUCGACGGCGUCCCAAACACAACCAACCCCCGCGGCACGCUGCAACUUACCGCCGUUAACGAAAACCAGACACGCUUCGUCUGGUCUGGCGCAUCGGAUUGGACGGAGCCGAGCUUCAAACCUGUGCUGGCCGGUAUACUAGAUGAGAUGUUCACUGGGUGUAUAGACGCCGUCGCGGCAAAGUUGAAGUAG